GCUGCGAGUCUGGGGAGAGCAGAGUCGGUUGCGUCGCUGCGUCCAGUCAGUUACACCUUCUGGGUCACUGGUGGCCGCGGGAGCCGGGUGGGGCCUCGGCAAUGAUCCGGCAUUAAGGACCUGGGGUCCUCUUCUGUCUCAGGUGGUUUGGGGAAAGUGUAGGGGCAACCAAGAUCAUCCAUUUGACUAGGCCUUUUGCCCUGAACCUCAUGAAGAAAUGAUAGGAGGCAGACUUACGUGCCUAAGAAGAGCACUGAGCUCAGAGGACAGCAACACAGAGUUUUGGGGGUGUGCUUUGAUUUUUGCACCUCAAUGGCAGGAUCCUCCAACGAUUCAGACCACUUCCGCUCUCAUGACCGAUUGGGUCGAUGGGCUGCCAGUUCAAUACGCAGGGAAACUCGAAAUCGACCUACUGUGGAUGUCACUGAGAAGGUCAACACUAUAACAAGUACUUUACAGGACACUAGUCGGAACCUGCGGCAAGUUGACCAGAUGCUUGGACAGUAUCGAGAAUAUAGUAAUGGACAGGCGGGGGCUAUAGAACACUUAAAAGAAAGCUUGGAGCAUUCAAUAGGCCAACUGCGGAGUCAACGGUUAUUGAGAAACUCAGGAGGGAGAAGUAUUUCUGUUACAAGUCUGAGUACAAGUGACCUCGAUGGUGGCACUGUGACAGAGAGCCACCGUUUUCCACCUACCUCACCUCUGAAGGACUAUGGGGAUCAACAGGGUAUUAAACGAAAUAGGUCCAGAACUGGUGUCCGAUUUGUUCGGGAGACUGAUGACAUGGGCCAGUUUCAUGCUUUUCAUCAGUCCCUCCGAGACCUCAGCAGUGAACAAGUUCGCCUUGGAGAUGAUUUCAACCGGGAACUUGCCAGAAGAAGCCGGGCACAGAGAGAUGAAGUAACUCAGCUUGUUGGAGAUCAAAGGAGGGAUGUGGUGGAGUCAGAAUUCAAAUCUAGGCAGUCCGAUGCUGAAACAAAAAGGGCUUUGGAAGAACUGACUGAAAAACUUAAUGAAACCCAAAAACAAGAAGUGGUUUCAGAUCGGGUAGAGCGACGGCUUCAAGAAAUACAAAGAGAGAUGCGUACAGAAAGAGAGCUGGUGGAAAGACGGCAGGAUCAACUGGGACUUAUUUCUUUGCAGCUACAGGAGGCAUUGAAGAAACAAGAAGCUAAAGCAGAGGAGAAUGAGGGAGUAGUGAAAAAUAAGCUAAGACAAAGUGAAACUGAAAAGAGUAAACUUGAACAGGAAUUGGAGCUAUCUCGAAGGUUAUUGAAUCAGUCAGAAGGCAGCAGAGAAGCACUUUUGCAUCAGGUAGAAGAACUCCGUACACAACUCAUGAAAGCAGAAGGUGAUCAAAAAGGCUUAGUACAUCAAGUAUCUCAGAUUUCCAAGCAACAGUCAAACUAUCAGGACGAACAAGAAGUUGACUGGAGGUUUAGAAGAGGGGUUGAGCGGGAAAAAGAGGAUCUGGAGAAGCAGAUGUCAGAUUGGAGAGUGCAGCUGAACUUCAGUGCAAUGGCAUCUGAGUUAGAGGAAGUGAAGCGGUGCUUGGAGCGAAAAGACAAGGAGAGAGUACAUUUGGCAGCACAAGUAGAGAAUUUGACAUGUGAAUUGGAGAACAGGGAGAAACAGCAACUAGAGAUGUUGGAUGAACUGAAGGAGAUCCAGAAUCACUUUGAGACAUGUGAUGCCAGACAUAAGUGCGCUGACCUCCAGAUCUCAAAGCUGACUCAGCAUGCUGAGGAUGCAACCAAGCAGGCCGAGCAGUACCUCCUUGAGUUCCAGCAGUCGGAGGCCCUGAGACAGGUGGCAGAGGAGAAGAGAGAAGAGCUGAAGCUGAAAGCUCAGGAGUCCAUUAAGCAGUGGAAGCUUAAGCAUAAGAAGUUAGAGCGAGCGCUGGAGAAACAAUCUGAAACUCUUGAUCAACUGACAGACAAGAAUAAUCAGAUUCUAAAAGAAAAGGAUGAAUUGAAAAGCCAGCUUUAUGCAGCGUUACAACAAAUAGAGAAUCUUCGAAAGGAAUUGAAUGAUGUGCUAACCAGGCGCGCCCUUCAAGAGGAGGAGCUUCACUGUAAGGAGCAGAAACUAAGUGAUGUUAAGUCUCAUCAAGCUGACCUUGAACUAGAAGUCAGGGAUUCCCUGGAUACCAUCCAUAGGCUAGAAAGUGAAUUGAAAACGCAGAGUAAGAUUCAAAGCCAGAUGAAAGCUGAGAAAGCGCACCUGGAGGAAGAAAUUGCAGCGCUGAAGGAGAGCCAGGCCAAGGACCAAGCUCAGCUUCUUGAGAUGCAAGAGGCCAUCAAGGACUUGAGUGCCAUCCGGGCAGAUCUCGCCAAUAAAUUGGCGGAGGAACAGAGAGCCAGGAAAGAGGUACUUAAGAACCUCUCUGACCUCAAGACACAGGCAAAAUCCAAAGACGAAGAAACGGCUACGAUCGUUACACAGUUAAAGCUGGAAAGAGAUGUUCACCAGAGGGAGCUGGAAGAUCUCACAUUCUCGUUGCAGAGUAUGAAAACGAAACAUGAACAGAAUAUCCAGGAGCUGAUGAAGCACUUCAAGAAAGAAAAGAGUGAGGCCGAGAAUCAUAUUAGGACACUGAAGGCAGAAAGCUUAGAAGAUAAGAAUAUGGCUGAAGUCCAGCGUUCUCAGCUAGAGAAGUUGAAAUCACAGUAUGACAGGCUGACAGAGGAAUUAACUCAGAAUGAAAAUGAGAACAAAAAACUGAAGCUAAAAUACCAGUGUUUGAAGGACCAACUAGAAGAAAAGGAAAAACAUAUAAACAAUGAAGAAGAGCACUCAAGGAGGAUGGAAGAGGCCAGAUUGCAGCUCAAGGAUCAACUUCUUUGUCUGGAGACUGAACAGGAAUCCAUUCUUGGUGUGAUAGGAAAGGAAAUUGAUGCAGCUUGUAAAACCUUCUCCAGGGACUCAAUGGAGAAAUUGAAAGUUUUUUCAUCUGGUCCUGAUAUUAAUUAUGACCCACAUCGCUGGUUAGCAGAAAGCAAGACUAAACUUCAAUGGCUCUGUGAGGAACUGAGAGAGAGAGAAAACAGAGAGAAAAGUCUACGGCACCAGCUGAUGUUGUGCAGACAACAACUCGGGAACAUGACUGAAAACAAGGAGGCUGAGCUUCAGUGUCUCUUUGAACAGAUAGAAAGACAGGAGCAGCUUCUGGAAGAAAUACAUCGGGAGAAGAGAGAUCUGCUGGAGGAGACUCACAGAAAAGAUGAAGAAAUGGAAUCUCUGCAGGACCGUGUACAUGCGUUAGAAAUGAUUUCCUGUAUGCUUGAAAAUGCUCAUAAUGUUGGGGGGAAAAGUUUUAACCAGAUAAGGAGACUGCAGGGAACAUUCUCCACCAAGGGCACAAGUACCCGAGUGGCCUUAGACCAUCUGGAGUCUGUGCCUGAGAAACUGAGCCUACUAGAAGAUUUCAAAGGCUUCAGAGGUUCGCGCAGUUUAUCUGACAGAAUUGACGGGACAUAUUCUAAGUACGGAGUUCACAGAGAGUCUCUUCAGCAGCGCCUGGAUGACACCAAGUACAGAAUCCCAAGCUUCAAAGAUGACAGAAACUUUGCUGAAGGUUCCCAUGCUCAUGGGUUAGAUCAGUCAUCCUCUUGGCAGGAUCACAGUUGCUUCCUGUCUAGUCCUCAAUUUUCACACUUGCACUCAUUUAUCCAAAGAACAGUUGCUCCAGAUUCACCUUCAAUCAAGGAAGAUGCCACAAGUUUACUGAUGGAUGGAACAAGUCCACAGUCCAAAAAGGAGGAAUAUGAAAGCAAAAACAGCAAAAUGUAAUGAGUUGCUUUACAUGAGUGUUUUAUAAAUAAUAGCACAUGUAUCCUUGCCACAGUUUGGCCCGGAUUAUCUAGCAGACGUAUCUGUAGCUUCUGCUCUUCAGCAUUGCCAACCAUUGACUGAAAUAACAGUGCAGUCGGCCUUUGUGGAUGAUAUAAGUUAAACCAAUCCAAAUGAUAUCAGCUCAUGAAUGACAUGCAACUAACUUAUUGGCAACUUAUACCAGCAGAGAAAGAAUAAUAUUUUUCACCUUGCAUUUUCCUUUUUCAGGUGUCGUCAGUCACAUAUUUCUGACCAAAAUUUGGAUUUAUAAUUGAGGUGUUUCAAAAAUGACUGGCUAAAAAGGAGGAAAAUGAGUACCCCUUGAGGCAGAAGUUGCCAGCACUUUAAAUUCAGGGAGUGUUUAUAUACAAUUGAUUUUAUUUUGAUGCUUUCUCCCUCAUAAAUUAUCAUGUGUUAUAACAUGUCAUGGAGAUAUGCAUAUAUAAUAUUAGGCAGUCCACUUUACAAAUGCUCAGGAUUGUUACAUCCAUCAUCUCAGCAGUCUGCUACUACGUGCAGUAUCUUAAAAUUUUUUUCCAAUCAUCCAUUUUUUAUAGCAAUAAAGAAUUUACAAAUGAUAUUUGAAUUGUAGAGCUCUAAAGAAUUCAUUCGUAGCACAAUUUAUUUAUUUGUCUCUUUGUGGCCAAAUAUCCCACUGUGACCACUCCAGUCAUAUCCUGGACCAUCUUUGGUUUACUCUGACCAAAAUCACAGCACCAAACUCCUGUGUCCAUGACAUCUACUUGCCAAGAGUUCUAGUAUAAUUUGGUACUAUCUAUCUGCUUUCAGCAUCUUAGCCUUUCUCGACAUCAAAGUGUUUUUAAGAACCUAUCCCCUUUACAUGCUGAUCUACCAGUGGAGAAAGAUUUCUAUUAAAUGCUAAAUAAGAGUAAACAUCCAGGAACUAAAUCCCACUGAGUCAUAAUGGAAAGAUUCUGAACAGAGACAAGGACAAUAAAGAGAUAUCUUUGGAAUGUGCAUUACAUUUUGUGUUUGUUAACAUCUACUCGCUUUUUAGAUUUCUCAUAUUUCAUGAAGAUGCUUCUUUUUCUACUCAAGAUACGUUUUCCUAACUUACCACAUUUGAAUGUGCAGAAGAAAUGGCAUUCUCCAUGAACUCGAACUCAGUGGUCACUACGGAAGACAGAGAUAUUUUAUUUCAAAAUUUACCAGUACAAUCUACAUAACCUCUGAUAGUACAGCCUUGCAUUUUAUCAUUUAUUCAUUCCAAAAAUCUUUUACUGAGUUUUUACUAUAGGCCAGUCAUGAUGUUAAGAAGGAAAAAAGAGACAUAAGUACAGGUGUGUAUGUCCCAAAGUUUGUUUGGCACUAGGAAUUACGUGAGAAAGGAGUGAUGUGUUCAGGCUGGCUGGAGAAAUUCUGGAGUAGACACCACUAAGCAGGUUUGAUUUGUUUGUAUCUAACCUUAAGACUUGGAGCCAUUGAUGUGCUAAUGAGCACCAGAGGUUUUAGUGGGGGUGGUAUCACUCUAUGGUAAUAUCUGGGGUAUUGAAAAAUUAUGUCAGUAUUUUUUCCUUGAUGUUUUGACCAGUACCAUAAUAUUGAUAUUUUAUCUCCUUGGAUCUAAAUGACUAACUGGGAAGGAAAUAAGGGAGAAAAUUAACAGGUUUUAUUUAAAUCCUACAGAUAAUGGUUAGAUAGCUUUUCACUUAAUGUGUUGGGAAGAACUUCAUGUGGUCCAUUCUUUUUAAUAGAAACUGAUCUAAAGCAUUAUUAGCACAUCUGUGGUCAUUAAAAAAAAAAAUUACAUCAGGCCAGUUAGGCCUGAAAAGUGAAGGUAAUUCAGAUUGUGUACUUGGCAAAGCCUUGAAAACAUGUUAGCUGAUGAUUUUAUAACAGAGAGGGAUCUUAUGAAAGACUGUUUUUAAUCUAAAAAAAAAUAAAGCAUGAUAUCAUAUUAUUGAAGGCCGCAUACUAUGGUUGGAUGAAUAAAGGUGUCUGACUUUAAGUAUGGAACACACAAGAACUUCAAAGGCAAAGUUAGCUUUUUGUGAGCAACAAUUUUGUCAAAAUUCCUUGGCCCUCUGUUUAUAUGGAAUUAAAUCCAAGGACCUGCCUCCUCUGAGGAUUUUUCCUAUCUCUUGCAGUCACCAUAAGCUUGAGUUGGAAAUUAAAAGGAAUGCUAAAGAAACACUAAUAGCUUGAUUUGUACAUUUCAAAGCCAGCAACUGUUUUUCCUUUACUCACCCCUUUGGCAAGAUAAUGUGUGAUAUCAGCCCCAUUGAGUGGUUGGUCAGCCAUAUUGCUUGUAGCACUAGGACAUUGGAAGGGAUAAACCUUAUUCUUGAAAUGAUCGUGGUCCAAGACUUAAUUUGAAGAUUGACCUUUUUGGUUUAAUAAUUUUGAUUCUUCUGGCCACCUUUCUCCCUAAACAUACUAAACUUCCAUUGAAGUUACUGAAGGCCACAGAGGGGAGAAACACAGCUGGGAGGAAUCUGGCUUGAUGUUUUUCCCAUUGGCUAAGGUUAUUAUUAUUUCCUUGACUAAUGUCUGAUUUGAAGGCUGGAAACCAGUUGGUUAUAUAACAUCUUAUGCCGUUUCCCAGAAUCACGAAUUUUCCUUCUUGUUAUAGUUUACAUAUUUUUACUAAUAAAGAGAUAAAAUCUAUAGCUUAACAUAAUAGUGCACAUAAGGCAUUUGGAUUUAAAGGUUAUGUGGAUAAAAAAUGCCUACCUACUUAGCUAAGAAAACAAUUAAGCCUAUUUUUCUUCAUUCUCCUCCUUUCAACUGUGGUAAAUGCAUGAGGCUCAAG